CGCAUGUUCGCCUGCAUGCGAUUUCGUGCAUAUUAUUUCAAAAAUAAACAUCAAAAUUAAACUGUGUCAGUCUAAGAAACCAAUCUCGUUGUUUGCCUCUGGGUCUCAGUCUUCACUCACCCUCACCAACAUUGUGUAUCAAAUGGCAAAUUUCCAGACUUUUGUUUAAAAAUGAUAAUCCCAAAAACAAAUCUAACAGAUGUACAAAUUGCAACCCUCGGAGACGGGAAGAGCCAACUCUUAGCCCUAUUUCAUAUUUCUGGUUGCUAGUGACUAAAUUGCAGUAUGCUCGUCUGGACAGGUUAUUAUUCAUUGCCCCUGGACCUGAAUGGACUUUAGUGUGUAGAAGCUCUGAUGGUCAGUUUGAAGUGAAUUAUCCAUCCCAUGCAGUGAAAACUAUGCUCUCUAUUUUUAAAUAUACUAUUAAUUGAUAUUUGUUAGGACAUACUUGACAUGAAAACUGCGAAUUACUUUUAGGGUCUAUAUAAAAGCUGGUGUAAAAAAAACAUUCCUUUCAGUAUUGUAGUUUUCUCUACGUGGUAAUAAUAUGUAGCAAUGACAACUUAUACAGAUAAGGGGCACAAGCCCAACAAUGGAAAGUUUCUAGCCUUCGACUAUCUUCAAUUUUAUGUUGGAAAUGCCAAACAAGCCGCCAGCUAUUAUGUCACAAGGUUGGGUUUUAAGCCUCUAGCCUAUAAGGGUCUUGAAACUGGAGAAAGAAAAUAUGCCUCUCAUGUGGUACAGCAAAAUAAGAUAAUUUUUAUGUUUACCUCAGCUUAUCAGGGAGAUGUAAAAGAAUUUAAUGAACAUUUAGUGAAUCAUGGCGAUGGCGUUAAAUGUAUUGCAUUUUCUGUUGAAAAUUUAGAAGCAAUUGUUCAGAAUGCCAAAGCAAAGGGCGCUAACCUUGUAAGAGAUAUUUGGGAAGAAUCUGACCAUAAUGGACAAGUGAGAUUUGCUACUAUUCAAACAUAUGGGGACACUGUCCAUACUUUUGUAGACAGAUCCCUUUAUAGAGGAACAUUUUUGCCAGGAUUUGCUGUAGUGUCUGAUGACAUUUUAAGCCAGCAGCUCCACCCUGUUAAGUUAGAUUUUGUGGACCAUGUAGUAGGCAACCAACCAGAUGGAGAAAUGGAAUCAGUAGCAAAAUGGUAUGAAACUGUUCUACAGUUCCAUAGAUUUUGGUCCGUAGAUGACAGUCAGUUGCAUACAGAAUACUCAGCUUUGAGGAGUAUUGUGAUGGCCAAUUGGGAAGAAAAUAUAAAGGUCCCUAUUAAUGAACCUGCUCCUGGUAAAAAGAAAAGUCAAAUUCAAGAGUAUGUUGACUAUUAUAGGGGUGCAGGAGUUCAACAUAUUGCCCUUAAUACCCAAGAUAUUAUAUCAGCUGUAAAAAAUUUAAAAUUGCGUGGAGUAGAGUUUCUUGAAGUCCCUGGCUCCUACUAUGAGAUGCUUAAAGAGCAACUUAAAAAAAGUACAGUUAAAAUUGCUGAAGAAAUGAAGAUAUUACAGGAAUUAAAAAUUCUUAUUGAUUAUGAUGAAAAUGGUUAUUUGCUACAGAUUUUUACAAAAAAUUUGCAGGACCGACCUACAUUGUUUAUUGAAAUAAUACAAAGAAGAAACCAUAAUGGUUUUGGUGCUGGUAACUUCAAAGCAUUAUUUGAAGCCAUUGAAAUGGAACAAGCUAAGCGUGGAAACCUGUAAUUCUAGAUUAAUUAUGAUAAAUAAGAUUAGAGUAUCUACUAGUUUAUUAUUGUAGAAAAGGAUUAAAUAUCACCAACUUGAAAAAAUGAGAAAUAUUUAAGUCUAAUUAAAACAAAAUGCUGAGUAGUUGUGUUAGUAAUAAAUCUUGCUAAUAAAAGAAUAAGUUCUUGAUUUAUGUUUAUAUGUAAUAUAAUCUCAAAUACAAUUAAAACCAAUAUGAUAUUAUCGUUGAUAUAAUAAUUAGAUUUUAAUCAGAAGGACAAAUAAAACUUACAUGAUUGUAG